CGGGUCACGAUGGCUCUUCUGCUCCCUCACCUUCCUCACUCCUGGGCCUUCCCGCCCCUCCCCCUGCUUCUCAGCCCGAGAGCCGAGGCUCAGUUCCGGGGACUGGAAGGGGACCCGUCCAAGAUGAGCAGCCCAAACAUGGCUCUGCUGCGUGUCCUUUGCCGGGUGGCAGGCACAGGACCAGGCAGUUGCCGAGGCCUGGCCAGAGGUCUGCACAGCAGUCCGUCCUCCUCCUCUUCCUACAAGUAUGUGAAUGUGAAGGAGCCUGUCACGGACAUGAAGUCUGUGACUGACCGGGCAGCCCAGACCCUGAUGUGGACGGAGCUCUUCCGAGGCUUGGCAAUGACUCUGAGUUACCUGUUCCGGGAACCCGCCACCAUCAACUAUCCCUUUGAGAAGGGCCCUCUGAGUCCGCGCUUUCGAGGGGAGCACGCCUUGAGGCGCUACCCUUCGGGGGAGGAGCGGUGUAUUGCCUGCAAACUCUGUGAGGCGGUCUGCCCGGCCCAGGCCAUCACCAUCGAGGCCCAGCCCAGGGCGGACGGCAGCCGGAGGACAACCCGCUACGACAUCGAUAUGACCAAAUGCAUCUACUGCGGCUUCUGCCAGGAAGCCUGCCCCGUGGACGCCAUCGUGGAGGGCCCCAACUUUGAAUUCUCCACGGAGACCCACGAGGAACUGCUUUACAACAAGGAGAAACUUCUCAAUAACGGGGACAAGUGGGAGGCCGAGAUUGCCGCCAACAUCCAGGCCGACUUCCUGUAUCGGUGAAGCCGGGCCCGGCCACUCCCUUCACCCCCAGUCUGGUCCGAGGGUGGCAGCCGCCCUCCGUCUGGGCGCCUGGAAUAAAGCCUAGAAACGUG